CGCCGCCCGCCGCGCCGCGCAGCCAUGUUUUAUUUACUACUGCUUUUGUUUUCAAGUGCGUACGCGCAGACCAUAGUGAAUACUACACAGGGGGAAAUACAAGGCUCACAGGCUAACGAUGGGAACUAUCAAGUGUUUUAUGGAAUACAUUACGCUGGGUCCACGUCAGGAGCUAAUCGGUUCAAGGCCCCGCCUCCACCACCAGCAUACCCCGGCGUCUUCCACGCCCACGACAACAACGUCAUAUGCGCCCACCCCACCCCUCGUGGUAUCGUAGGCGUCGAGGACUGCCUCGUCCUCAACAUCCAUACAAAGAACGUGACCACGCCCAAGCCAGUCAUGGUCCUCCUACUCGGAGAAGAAUACUCUUCUAUCGAUAUCAGACAGUACUCCUACAGAAGACUCGUUGAUGCCGAUGUGGUUGUUGUGACCAUGAAUUACAGAUUAUCUAUAUUCGGAUUCCUAUGCUUGGGUGUCCCUGAAGCACCGGGCAAUGCAGGAUUGAAAGAUAUCGUACAAGGGUUACAGUGGAUAAGAGAUAAUAUUGCAGGGUUCGGCGGUAAUCCGAACAAUGUGGUUCUUUACGGACAUGGUUCGGGAGCAGCUAUGGUAGAUCUGAUCACACUAUCACCACUAGCAACCAAUUUAGUUCAUAAAGCUAUAGCACAGAGUGGUUCCGCUUUAGCUCCAUGGGCCAUUGCUUACGAGCCUAUCAAAUAUGCCCAAGUUUUUGCAGAACAGCUCAGUUACACAGGAGAGACUCCAGGUGGUCUGGCUAGUAAACUAAUAACAACUGACUUAGCCCUCCUGGCUCCAGCGUUACAGAGCCUUAGUUUCCAGAACAACUCCGUACUUUUUGCUCCAUGCAUUGAAAACAAAGCUCUAAACGACACUUUCAUCACUGAAGCUCCCAUUGACAUAUUGAAAUCAGGCAACUACAGCCACAUUCCUUAUAUAGCCGGAUACACGGAUAGAGAAGGCACGCUCAGAGCAAGUGAAGCGGUACAUGAGGGUUGGUUAGAGAAAAUGCAAGCGAAUUUCUCAGACUUCAUCCAAGUCGAUUUAGGAUUCAAUGCAACAAUGAACAAGACCGUUGUGGCUAACAACAUAAGGAAUUUCUACUGGGAGAACAGAGCAAUUAACAUGGAGACGAUAACAGAUUUCUUGAACUACCAUGGGGAUACGGCGGUGGUGGUGUCAGUGAUAAGAGGGGCGAGGGAGAGGGCGUUGACUUCGACGGCUGCUGUGAGGCUGCUGGAGUUCACCUACAGAGGGACGAGGAAUUCGGACUGGCUGUACAAUACGAUCCAGAUCGACGGCGCGUGGCACGGGGUUACCCUGAACUAUCUGUUUGACUACGAUCUGAAGCCGGAGGAUGAAAACGCCAGGGCGUCUUUAGUCAGGCGUUUUGUGUCCUUUGCUAACACCGGAGAGCCGACCAACGACCAAGUGACCUGGCUCCCAAUAACCGCAUCAGCCUUCAACUACCUAUACUACGCUGGAGACUCCUCAACCGCUCUCGUCACCUUCCAAGAAUCAGCCAGAGUUAACCCUCACACCGGCCGGAUGAAUUUCUGGGACAAUUUGUAUGACACGUACUAUGUGCGCCCACAGUCGGUGUCAUCGGCGGACAAGAUUAUUGGUCUAGCCGUUGUGUUAACGUUGGCACAGGGCGUGCUUGCUUACUUAUAAGUUUAAAUGUAGAUUUUUCCGAAUGAAACUUAUUUAUGUUCGUUUUAUGAAAAUUAAAUUCACACAGUAAACACAUUUGAAAGACGGAUGACUUAGCCGUUUGACUUAAUAACGACUAUGACGUUAAUUCCCAUAUAAUAACAUGUACCUACCGUUAUAUUUUAGUAUCAGGAGAUUUAUGACGAACGCGAAUAGAGCACAGUCUCUUGAGUCAGUGAUCAAAUUAACGAAUAGCCUAAUAGGCCUUAAUCAAAUUGCCCUUUGAACUAUUGUCCUGCGAUUAGUAUUAUUAUUUGACCAGGAACGGUCUUAAUUGAUUUUAUGAUUUAAGAAGUACGUUGAAAUAUUUUAUGCUCAAAAUAAUUGGAAUAAGAGUUUUUAUACAUUUUUUGCUCAGAAAAAACUGAGAUCACCUCGAUUUUUGUAGAAUGACAGAAAUAAAUUGUGGUAAUUUUUGUAUCUAUCUAUUACGAUUUUAUUGUGACGCAUCUGGUGUGCCAUAGAUCGUGAGUGGGUUAAGCUGCGAUAAGUUACAAAUGUUCAGCUAUUUCUUACGCAUGUGAUAUGAUUGCGUAUUUUAUCUAUUUAUGACCUGUGGUUCACAUCAAAACGUGUGCAAAUUAUAUUUUAAUUAUUAAAACUAUAAACAGAGUAAACAUAUAAAUCUAGUGUAGGUAUGUAAUAUUAGUUUAAAAUCCAGUGAAAAUAAAUUUAUUAUAAUUUGACAUGGACGUGCCAUAAAAGUAAUUGAGGAAUGUGAAAUAACAUCUAAUAAACAUUUAAAUGAUUAUUUGCCUUAUUUUUAAGUUGCGUUUUAAAUUGUAUAAUGUUAAAUAUAGUCAUUUUAAUGUUUUUAUUACUUACAACCAGGUUAAACGUGCGCAUUUUCUGCAUUUAUUUAUUAAUCAUUAUUUUUUUGAUUUAUUUUUACCUAAUGACAUAAUUAUGAUUGUUAAUUAGAUAUACGGUAAAUUGCCAGUAACUGGCUUCCAUAACUGGCCACCAUGUAGGUAUCUACUAAAUAUUAUCAGUUAAUUUUAUAAUAAUAAUCGUUUUUUUUUUUUAAAUUAAUAAAUUACUUUUUAGUACAUGUGCCCAGUUAUUGGAAAUUUACCAUAUGUCUGAAAAACUAGUAACGUUUUAUAACUAUUGUUAGUUUCAUCUUAAUUAGUGUGGUAUAAAAUAAUGCUAGUUUUGUGAUGAUUCGUCCAUUUAUUAUUAAUUUUGGCAUUUGAGUAAGGUAUGUUUUUCUAAAUAAGAAUAUGUUUACAGAAGAUUAUUUCAGUAAGAAUAUA